UCAUGUUACCUCCUCCCUCUCAGAGGGUCUUUAAAUGGCCUGUCGCCUGCUCAGAGAGCGAGACAGCACAGUCCCAGCGACAGGCUCGGAGCAGAGAAGCUUCUCUCUGACAGCAACAGAAUGUUUGGCUCUGUGCUGCUCUGCUAUUGGUCCUUCAGCCUGCUGCGUCUCUCCUCCUCUCUGGUUCAUGGAAACAUCCAGCUGGACGACGACCGACGCACCGACACCUCCUACCUGUCCGACAUCGGGAGAGGCCACGCCCCUGAGCCCAUACAUGACCCCGCCCUCCUGCCUGUCGACUCGAUGGAGGAUCACUUCCUGAUGGACACGGGCUCCUACGACGAGGACUCAUCAGCAGCCUUGCAGCUGCAGGGUCGGGCCAUGCGUUCAUCUCGCCGCUGCAUCCCUCACCAGCAGUCGUGUCUGGGUUACCCGCUGCCCUGCUGCAACCCGUGUGACACCUGUUACUGUCGCUUCUUCAACGCCAUCUGCUACUGUCGCAGAGUCGGCCACGCCUGCCCACCCCGACGCACCUGAUGAUGUCACGCUGUCAGAUACGUGCAAACUGAGAAACAACUGAGGAA